UGUAAAGGGGGUAUCCGUUACAGUACAGAAGUGUCUGUGGAUGAGGUGAAAGCCCUGGCUUCUCUAAUGACCUACAAGUGUGCCGUUGUUGAUGUGCCAUUUGGAGGAGCCAAAGCUGGAGUCAAGAUCAACACGAAGAAUUACUCUGAUAAUGAGCUGGAGAAGAUUACCAGGAGAUUCACUAUUGAGCUGGCUAAGAAGGGUUUCAUUGGGCCUGGCAUCGAUGUCCCAGCGCCUGACAUGAGCACCGGAGAAAGGGAAAUGUCCUGGAUCGCAGACACUUAUGCCAACACCAUUGCACACACUGACAUCAACGCGCAUGCGUGCGUGACAGGAAAACCCAUCAGCCAGGGAGGAAUCCACGGGCGUAUCUCUGCCACCGGUCGUGGAGUUUUCCACGGCAUCGAGAACUUCAUCAACGAAGCGUCUUAUAUGAGCAUGCUGGGCUUCACACCUGGCUUCCAGGACAAGACCUUUGUCAUCCAGGGCUUUGGUAAUGUGGGUCUUCACUCCAUGAGAUACCUGCACAGGUUUGGCGCCAAGUGUGUCGGUGUUGGUGAGAUCGAUGGAGCCAUCUACAACCCAGACGGGAUCGACCCCAAACAGCUGGAGGACUAUAAACUGCAACAUGGCACCAUUGUGGGCUUCCCAGGAGCCAAACCUUAUGAAGGGAGCAUUCUGGAGGCUGACUGCCACAUCCUGAUUCCUGCUGCCGGAGAAAAGCAGCUCACGCGCAAUAAUGCCCCCAGAAUCAAAGCUAAGAUUAUUGCUGAGGGCGCCAAUGGACCCACCACCCCAGGUGCUGACAAGAUCUUCCUGGAGAACAACGUCAUGGUGAUUCCUGACAUGUACCUGAAUGCUGGUGGUGUGACCGUUUCUUACUUUGAGUGGCUGAAGAAUCUCAAUCAUGUCAGUUAUGGAAGACUGACCUUCAAAUACGAGAGGGAUUCAAACUACCACCUUCUUAUGUCUGUGCAGGAGAGUUUGGAGAGGAAGUUUGGAAAGCAGGGCGGACCCAUCCCCAUCGUACCCACUGCUGACUUCCAGGCCAGAAUUGCUGGUGCCUCUGAGAAAGACAUUGUUCACUCUGGGUUGGCCUACACAAUGGAGAGAUCUGCUUGGCAAAUCAUGCGCACUGCCAGCAAGUACAACUUGGGAUUGGACCUGCGGACAGCCGCCUACGUGAACGCCAUCGAGAAGGUCUUCAAAGUGUACAACAAAGCGGGGCUCACCUUCACAUAAACGGCCCGCGACCUGCACUGUUCUCCCGUCCUCCACCCUCCUGCUAUCCAUCGCUCUCUUCUGCUUCCACCUCCUAAAACAGCCUUCAUAUAACACAACAUAUCACUGUUUACUCGUUGUGCUUUCAUUAACACA